AUGACUCCCAAUUCUACUAUAGAGGAAGGUGCAUUAAAUGUAAUUGAGGAUGAAAAUACAACAAGAAAAUUACUGAACGUUUUACCAGGAAAGGAUAUACCUUCCAUUAGAGAUUUAGUCCUUGAAAAACAACAUAGACAAAAGAACAUUACCGAUACCGAUGAGUUUACCCAGAGAAUGGAAGAUACUCUUAUUAAAUGGAGACCAUCUGCGUCACAAAAUCGCGGUUCUUCUUUAGCUGUUGAUGGUGCUCAUCCUUUUCAAAUAAGUACACCAAAGUUCGAAAGAGAAAGAAAUAAAGCAAAAUAUGAUAUGUAUUUAAGUAAGCGAUUGACUAAUGCUUGGGAUUCUUUAAACAAUUGGCUUUGGGAUACUUCUCAAACGAAUAACUCUAAAAGAAAGGCGGUUCCUCUCAAUACAAGUAUCUUAAAUAUAUUCCCGUUUAAUACUGAAGUGAGCGCAGACAUUGAAAACGAUGAAGACUGUUCAUUUGACCUAGAGGAUAGUACAAAAAAUUUGGCAGCCGGAACGCCAAUCGUAUACCCACUACUCGAAGCACCGCGCCCUGCUGUUCUCAGAGAUCGCGAAAUUGAUGUCACUUGUAAUCAAUUGACUUCAAUUGAAUCGACUUAUCAACAAUAUUAUAAUAACCCUAUACCAAUACAUUAUAUUGAUUUGAAUUCAUAUAUGAACCAAUACCAACGUCAGCAUGGAGAGGUAUUCAGGAGCCAGCAAUUGAGAAACGAUGUGACCCUAACCACUCGUCAUGUUGAUAACGAAGAUCUCUCAAAUAAUGGUAGUAAAAGGUCUUUUUUCGACUGGUUUCGUGAAAUAAGCUGCUGCACAAAAUUGCAUAAUGAAACAAGAUAG